AUGCUAUCGCAACACCCCUCAACCUCAAGCUCAGAUGCAGAUCCGCCUUGCAAGUACACCGCUGUUGACAGACACGAGAAUGAUCAGUCUUUGCUAUGGACACCCUUUUUCCUACGCCGUUCCACCAUUCUAAUAUUCUUGUGCUGUUUUAUAUCCGUCUUAGUCGCUCUGGUUGCACUUUAUGUGUACACUGAGCGCGAGGGCCACAGUCUCGGAAUCACAACAGAGGAGAGAUAUUCUUAUCUCUGGACCUAUGGACCGACAGCAGUAUUCAUGAUCCUCGCUGCCGGCUGGACCCAGGUUGAAUACCGCGCCGCACAACUAAUGCCUUGGAUUCUGAUGCGUCGUGGCCCAACACCAUCUUCAGAAAGCAUCUUCCUUGACUACAUAUCCCAGUGGAACAUUAUUUCUCUCUACCAGUCGCUCAAGAAGAGACAUUUCCUUGUAUCUCUCUGUGUAGCUGGGUCGCUGCUUCUCAAUGGUGUCACGGUCUUCUCAACCGGUCUAUUCGAGCUACAAUCGGUUCCAAUCAGCCAUCCAGAGAGCCUAGCAGUACCUAAGAAGUUCAACGACUCUGCCUUUGACCCGACAAUUGGACACGAUACUACAUAUGCUGUAUGCUCAGCGUUUGCGGAUUACAACAUGACACGCCCAUAUGGUCUGGAGAAGACAUUCGUUUAUACACCAUUUUAUCCAGCAUACUCGUUCUCCACGGGAAAUUUGACUAUUCCAGACAAACAUCAGUAUGAAGCGGAAAUAGACCUGAUUGAGCCCUUCUUGGAAUGUUAUGAAACGACCGCUAGUUGGGACACGGGCGUCGUGAUCACAUCAUACAACGGCUACAAGGUGUGGAUUGGCGAAGAACAACAUGUCCCCGCCAACGUCAGCUUGAAGUACGAGGCGAUAAAUACCACAGUAUUGUCAUCUAAUGGAUGUCGUUAUAAAAUGGAUGCCGGACCCGUCAACACUAUCCUGCUCGCCUCUCACGAACCCGUGCCUAUUGAGAUCAAAGUUCGAGGCUGCAGAGGGGAGAACCCCUCCAAGUUGGAUUCAGCAAAACCUACUGAUUGGCGACUUUGGGUCUCUGUCAUUGAUACAACGGAUGCCAAGCUCUCUGGAGACCGCGUACUCAGGUCGGUGUGGCCCACACCUCCUUUUCGUGGUUUCAUGUGCAAACCUCGAUUCAACGCGUAUCGAGGACCAGUCAAGAUUUCGCGACAGCCUGGAAUCGGGUCUAUAUCGACUCAGAUUCGACGACAGAGCCUCAAAGCGUCAGAUUUGUUCGCUCAUCGGCCAGCCGGAGAGAUUCUGCUUAGCGCAUAUAACUCGAUGCCACCUGUUUUCCAAGCUCCCUUGGUCGAUCUACCUCCUUUCAAGUUUAUAAAGCACCAAUACACACCUGGAAGGGUGUUUUGGAACGACAUGUCUUUGUUGAAGGGUGCUAUCCAGGAUGACUUGUCGUGUUUGAUGCGGCAAACUAUCAUGGAUAAGCUGCUCGAGCCUCAGCUACAAACCAUCGAGGGGGUAUUCCAGACCGACGAGAAGCGCUUGUUCGUGCGUGUUCUAUCAUUUGGAUUGAUGACAGGUCUCUUGGCCUGUCUGAUUGCUAUCUCUAUCAUCCUUCUGAGAUUUUUUGUCCCGGUGGCUGUAUGCCUAAGUGACACAAGCUCAAUUGGAGGAAUGACCACUGUGUUCGCCCACAGUCCCGAAUUCAUGACUAUGUUUGGUGGAACAGAUCUGAAAUCCGAGUCAGAAAUGGCCGAGACUGCCCUAGGCCAAGCGCGGUAUCUUACGCUUGAAACAGAGGGGAGUUUCAAGAUCAUCUCUCAAGAUGACCCCAAAUCUGACAAAAAUAUUAAGGAAAGUACAGGCAAGCCACCAGACUGGUGGUAUCCACUAGCAUCUACAUGGGGCAUCCGUAUUUCCGUGGUCAUUGUCCUCAUGCUUGUGAUUAUAGCGCUGGAGGUUGUGCAGCACAUCUCUACUAGCUCGCGUGGGAUCGCCUUCAUCGGUGAUAAGUCGUCAUUUAUCCACUACGUCUGGAUUUAUAUCCCCGCGUUGAUCAUGUUUAUCAUCCGCUGCCUGUUCACCUGUGUCGAAUCUGGGGUACGUAUCAUUCAGCCCUACUCGGCUCUCCGUGGGAAAUCUGCACCACCAGGAACGACUAUAUUCGAGAACCAAAUUCGCAAAAUUGCCAUUUACGGGCUCAUUGAGACAAUACGGAAAAAGCAAUGGGCUCUGGCAGCAGCAACAGCCUCUCUCUUCCUCGCGGCCAUGACCCCUGUGGUUGUGUCGGGUCUUUAUACUGUUGACGCGCCCUGGCCGACAUCUGCUAUCAAGAUACUCCAGACUAGUCGAUGGAAUCUCGGGGACCCCGAUUUGGCUCAACAUGGAACCCACUUGAAAUGGUGGAACUACAAGAACGAAGACUUCAAUGAUCAAAAGCUAGCUGGAUUGAUCAUUCAGCUCAAUCUUUCCUACCCACAAUGGACACAUAACGACCUUGCCUUUCCGGGCUUCACUAUCGCCGAUACUGUUAAGACUCCAGAGAUGGGAUAUAUUGACAUCCAAAUCCCGGCGCUUCGAAGCCCGCUAGUUUGUGAAGAAGCCCUGGUUCACUGUGAAUUUAGUGCAACUUAUAGAGAGAGCGUUACUACUCUGUUGCUCACUUGUGGGGCUGAUGAUCCCUGCUACCAUUAUAAGGGGCUAGCUGCCCUACACUUCGUGAACAGCACCGAUGAAUAUUUUCAGUCGGGUGAAUCAUUAUAUUAUGGGCGCGAUGGCUAUGCAAAGACACCCUCCAAUUGUUCCACCCACGCCAUUUUAUAUGGAAAAUGGGGCAAAGACUUCGAGUCAACGGAAUACCAUUGGUACAAUUGCAAUGCGACAAUCGAAGAAGUUCAUGCUGAAACCAGAUUGCAAAUACCAUCCUUCUCCAUUGAUUCUGAUGUACAACCUCAGAUCGUCCCUAAUUCUGGCAAAGCAUUGUUUGCAACGAAGUCAUGGCCGUUUCCUGGUUUUGAUACCAUUGGGGAAUUUCUAUACAGCCACCUCUCCUUACAAAGCGUUGUCAGCCCUCUACAUGAAGCUAUGACCAGAGGCGUUGAUGGUGUCUCUGCUGAGGAGCUUCUGAGACCAGCUGUCUUUAUCAAACGCCUCGAAACCAUCUGGGGCAUCGUUACAGCGCAAUUGCUUGAAUCCAACGCCCGGGAAAACUUUCAAGAUCCGCUAAAUAACAGCUGGCUCGUUCAUCCUGCUAGAAAUGAUGCGCCCAUGUAUGAAGGCACCUUUCAUGAUGGCCGGAGUUAUCUCGUGCAGAAUGAGAUAUCCACACGCAUUCUAGAUGGCUUACUAGUUGGGAUGAUCAUCUGUGCACUGAUAGCCUGCUUUUCUAUGCGCACAAAGGAUGUCCUGCCAAAAAGCCCGUGCAGCCUGGCUUCAGUUGCAAGUUUUGUUGCUGGAUCAAAGCUACUCGGAAUUAUGAGAGAUGCAGAGCAAGGGGGAAAGGACUUGUCCCGGGAACGCUUCUCUAUGGGAUGGUGGGGAUGGUGGGAAGUUGAGCCGGAGACAGUCGGUACAUCCAUCCCUGCAUCCCCCAGGCCUCCUAGUUCAACAGGAGAUAGAGAGAUUCCAGAACAGCAGGGAACGGAAUCUAUCGGAGAGAGCAAUGAGAUGGAUAGCCAUUCUAUACACACAGGCUCAGAUUCUGAGAGCCUGAUAGGCCACCAGGACGAAGAGUCUGAGGAAGGAAGACGAACCUCUCUCACGGGGAUUUUGGAGGAAACGACUCAUAGCAAUCAGUCAACCCAGUUGCUAUCGAGAGCUUCAAGCUUCUCUAGUAACGGAGAUACAGUGGUCAAAGUGGAGAGCCCGGAGGCGCUGACGAGAUUUGGCAUCGAUAUCGAUGGUUAUAGACCCUUGCUUAGUGAUGUACGAUGA